GUAUCCACAUAUAUUCUCUUGGAAGAUUUUGUUAAUGAUCAAAUUCCAUGAUGCUUCUUGGACCCGUCAGCUUCUUUGCUUUCUCAGAUUCUCAACCAAAGAAUUUUUUUUUUUCAUUUGGGUAUUUGAGGCUCAACUAAAGAAGUCAAUUUAGCUAAGAACGAAUCGUUUUCCUGUCGAGACUUGGGUGGAGUGUAGUGGCAAUCUAGCAGCACUUUCCAAGAUGCCCCAUGGAUGUAACAUCGGAUUUCAUUUUUUGAUAGUAAACUUUGGUCAUCACACGAUUUUGGCGAGGGAGGUUCUAUUUAGAACUAUAAUCAUUUGAUGUUUGUUGCUGUCAUAUGCUGCUUCAUACGAAUAUGAUCACUAUCAUCAUGAUUAAUUUUCUAUUGAGGCAUCAAAUUUAUCAACAGAAAAGGUGAAUUCUGUGGAAUGAAAUUGGUUGACUGAGAAAGUUUAAAUGGACUUGGAAACAAAUGAUUCUUUUUGGUCUCAUUUAACCUAUAGAUUACUGAGCAAGAUGAUUUACUGUUGCCAUCUGUCUCUUGUAACAAAGGUCAACUGUAAACAGAGAUACGUUUGAUCAAGUAAUGAUUUCUCAGUUUCAAUGCACCAAAAUGUCAAUCCGAAGGCAAAUAUCUACCAAGCUUUUUAUCUCCUUUUCUAAAUUUCUUGAUAGUUGAUUCUUUCUAGCUUUUUCUCCGGGAAUUUAUGCUGUGCCCACUUUCAUCAGUACGAAAAGAAAUGGUAGAUCUCUAUAUUGGCAAUUCCUUCCAUAAAUACACUAUCUGUCUUCCCUUUAGAGGUCGUCCAUAAAGUAUUUUCCCUUCAUUCACAUUUUCACUCGCCCUCUUGAAUUCCCAUUUCCGAAAUUUUCUUAAUGGCGUCGAAAAGAAUAUUGAAGGAGCUGAAGGACUUGCAGAGAGAUCCCCCAACUUCAUGCAGUGCAGGUCCUGUGGCUGAGGAUGUGUUCCAUUGGCAAGCAACCAUUAUCGGUCCAAAUGAUAGUCCCUAUGCUGGUGGUGUUUUUCUUGUUACCAUCCAUUUCCCACCUGAUUAUCCUUUUAAACCUCCCAAGGUUGCCUUCAGGACCAAGGUUUUCCAUCCAAACAUAAACAGUAAUGGCAAUAUCUGCUUAGACAUACUCAAAGACCAAUGGAGUCCUGCGCUAACCAUAUCCAAGGUUUUGCUCUCUAUAUGUUCACUGCUAACAGACCCAAACCCUGAUGAUCCUCUUGUUCCUGAGAUUGCUCAUAUGUACAAAUCUGACAAAGUCAAGUACGAAUCGACAGCUCGGAGCUGGACCCAGAAGUAUGCCAUGGGCUGAACUAGGUGCCAUACCUGCACAUCCUUCCUCGUCUACAUCAUUUUCUUGCCUACUAUACUUUGUUGGAGGUAGCUAAUUACUUGAGUUUCAGUAUUCCUGGUAUAUUAUCAAACAAAAAGAAGUUCAUCAAUAAAGAAAGUUGUGAGGCUGUAAGUUCUGAUAUAAUUGAGUGCCCCUUUGCUUAGAAUAAAUCGUCUGGCAGUUCUUCUGAGCUUAUUAUACAGGCUUAUGCUGCCAAUGCAGUGAUUUCUUAUUUGGCUCUUUGGUCAAGGUCUUGUUUAGUUACUCAGCUGUGCUUAUUAAGAUAAUUAAAUGAUUGAAAGAGAUGAGAUGAACUGAUGCCAACUUUGGGGAUCUCUUUGUUCAUCUUCUGCUCAUUUAAAACCAAAAAAAGAGGCAAAAACC